AGCGAUUUGUUCAAGCCUAGCGGGGUUCUGAAAAAUUUGAGAGGCGAGAGCGCGGAAACAUCAGAACAUCACACCGAGUGGCAUCAUUGGGCCUUCUCGGCGGUCUUGCUAGAGUCUUUCGGGGCUCGUUCCGGAGCGCUCUUGGGCAAUAUUGGCCGUGCUCCAAUUCGGAAUCCCACAAGCUCACUGGGCAUAGGUGAUUUCACAAACUUGUGCCCCUUGUGCUCGGAGCAGUGCCCCAAACGAGGGACUUUUCAUGCCAGUACCCUCACCGAGAGCCUCGUGCAAGGCCAAAACAACGGAACAGAGAGCGUCGAAGCUCGAUCGAUACCCCGGUUCUGAGCCCCACGUUGGGGAGCCCGCGAAACUAUGAGCAAGUGCACUUCCCGAAGGCCGCGUCGGCCGCCUCAUCGCAAGUUGGGGCGAUGCCCCAGACCGGAGGCCUAGGCACUGCGGAACGCCAGGCAUGCCACUGAGGGGCAACGAGAAGGCGAGCACUCAGGACGAGGAGAGCGAGGAGUCCUUCCGCGCCCCCCCCGCGGCGCACCUGCACUCCGAUUGGUGUCGGCGUGUCGACACUGGAAGCUGUGACGCCACCACUCUCAGCAGUCGCUGCGGGGAAACCGUGCCCUGCUGCCUCCUCCUCGGAGAAGACGCCAACAGCACGCCCCCCGGGACACGCCGAUUCCAGGUCAGACAAAAGAUCAAGCUGGGCAAACACGAGCUCUUCAAGGAGACGCCCUGCGGGCCGACGGAACUGCGGGCCAAGUGCACCGUGCACUCCGUGGCAGUUUGCGGCACAGGCUGACCAGCAGCUUGAUCUACAACGACAUCCCAAAAAUAGUUACUCACCGCGUGGAGCUCCCCAUAUGUGCAUCU